AUGGGCAACUGCCUAAGGUGUAGAAAUAUUGAAUCAUCAGUCGAUGUGAGGAAUAACGAUGCGCAGCGUAGAGCAGAGGGUGAAUCACGUCGAAGUCGUUUACCCCCAUAUUUUGAGAAUGAUCCUAUUAUGCAUCCGACUCCUGGUGUCUCACGACCAAUGUCUCAGUUAACUGAAGAAGAACAAGUGAGAAUAGCCACUCGAAUGGGUUUGAUUUCCACACUGCCACUAUUUAAAUUUGAUGAAUCAAAAAGGGAAAAGUUGUCUGAAUGUAUCAUAUGCAUGUGUGAAUAUGAAGAAGGCGAAGAACUUCGCUAUCUGCCCUGUCUACACACGUAUCAUCGUAUUUGUAUUGAUGAUUGGCUGAUGCGAGCAUUAACAUGUCCUUCGUGUUUAGAAGAAAUUCGACCUAAUUCUCCAGCAAGAGCUCGUUCUAAUAAUGGAACUCAAACGGAGAAUUUUUUCAAUGGUACAUCAGAGACACCUGCUGCUGUUAACCACCAGGCAACUGAAACUUCAUGUCCUCCUCCUCCUCCUCCUCCUCCUCCUCCACAACAACAACAACAACCGCCACAACAGCAAGAUAGUCAACCGACUAAUGAAUUAAGAAGACCUAGUGUUACUGAAUUUCGUACUAGAAAUGUACACUCAAAUUCAUCCAGUCAAUCACAAACUACUACUAUUCAACGUUUAAUUUUAGGAAAAUUAAAAAGUCAUAAUAAUAGUAGUGGUGGUGAUGUUACAGAUAUUCUUAACAAUUCACCCACCGGUGUUGUACAUCCUCUUCCGCGUCAUCGUAAUCAUCAACAGUAUCAACAUCAUCGACGUACACGAUCAAUUGGUCCUAGUAGACGAUCACCUUCUGUAAAUGCUUCCAGUGCAACUUUGCCUUAUACUUAUCGUCGUGGAAAUAGUGUCACAGCGAUUGAUACUAUUCAACCUGUACAGUUAAGUGAUGAUAAUUUAUCAUUAUCACCUAAUCCAAAUGAUUUUCCCAGUCCAACGAAUAUAAGACACAGACAAUUGAAUGGGGAUUCGAAUGAGGCUCAACCACGUUGA